AUGACCAUCCCGUCGCGCUGGUCGGUGCCCAUCCCGCGCUGCUCCUUGCAGCAAUGGAUCUUUGGCUCGGCGUGCGGCUCUGUCUCGGACAAGCCGAUCCUCAUCGACGCGGAGCAGCCCGACAGCAACUACCUGACCAUGAGCAACUACCGCCUGCUCUCGAAGCGUGUCGCGCUGGGACUGCUCAAUGCGGGGCUCAAGACCGGCGACCGGGUGCUCAUCUUCUCGGGCAACAGCCUCUUCUUCCCCUCGGUGUUUCUGGGCGUGCUCAUGGCCGGCGGGAUCGUGACCGGCGCGAACCCGACCUUUGUGCCGCGGGAGCUGGCGUAUCAGCUCAAGGACAGCGAGUCCAGCUUCCUGUUUGUGGCUGAGAAGGCUCUCCAGACUGCCCUGGAGGCCGCGGCCGAGGUCGGCUUGCCCCGGGACCGGAUCUUUGUCUUGGGCAACGAUACCAUGUCGGCACCGGAGCUGGCCCGGUCUUCGCACCCGGCCCCGGGCGUCAAGGGCCGUGUCGACGGUGUGCGGCACUGGACGGAGCUGCUGGCCGGCAAUGUCUCACAGGCGGAGUCCUGGAGCUGGGAAGAGCCGUCCAAUCCGGAGGAAACCACGUGCUGUCUGAACUACAGCAGCGGCACCACCGGCGUCCCGAAGGGUGUUGAGAUCAGCCACUACUCGUACGUCGCCAACGGCGUGGGCGUGUCCCACAUGUACCAUCUGCGGCCCGACUUCGCCGAGAAGAUCCAGCGCGACCGCGGACUGGCCUUCCUGCCCUUCUACCACGCCUACGGGCAGACCUUCUUCAUCGCCAACCUCCCCCAGCUGGCGAUCCCCGUCUACGUCAUGUCCGGCCCGUUCGACUUCGUCAAGAUGCUCCGCCAUAUCCAGCAGUUCCGCAUCACCAUCCUGACCGCCGUGCCGCCCAUCAUCGUCGCGCUCGCCAAGCACCCGGCCACGCGCCAGUUCGACCUCUCCAGCCUCGAGACCAUCGGGUCCGGCGCCGCCCCGCUCGCGCGCGAGCUGUGCGAGGAGGUCGAGAAGCUGUUCAAGCCCAGCCCGGGCAUCCGCGACGAGCAGCUGUUUGUGCGCCAGGGCUGGGGCAUGACCGAGGUCACCUGCACGGCCAUGGCGUGGGACCCCAACACGCCCAUCCGCGGGUCCGGCGGCGUCGGCGAGAUGUACCCCAACUGCAAGGCCAGGCUGGUGUCGCUGGACGGGCGGCAGACGCCCAUCGAAAAGGCCGGCGAGAGGGGGGAGCUGUGGGUCACCGGCCCGACGCUGAUGCGGCGGUACUGGCGACGGCCCGACGCCACGGCCGGGACGAUCGUGGUGGAUGCGGACGGGACGCGCUGGCUCAAGACCGGGGACGUCGCCUUCGUCGAGGAGUACAAGCCCGGCGGCAUCUUCCACGUCGUCGACCGCGUCAAGGAGCUGAUCAAGGUGAAAGGCAGCCAGGUGGCGCCGGCCGAGCUGGAGGGGAUCCUGCUCGAGAACCCGGACGUGGCCGAUGCUGCCGUGGUGGGCGUGACGAUCCAGGGGGAGGAGCUGCCGCGGGCGUAUGUGGUGCCCCGGCCCGGGUCCAAGGCGUCCGAGCAGGACGUGGCCCGGUGGAUGGAGGGCAAGGUGACGCGGUACAAGCAGCUGAAGGGCGGCGUGGUCUUUGUGGAUGCCGUCCCGAAGAACCCGUCCGGCAAGAUCCUCCGCAAGCAACUUCGUGACCGGGCGCAGAAGGAAGUGGGUGAUGGUGCGCCCAAGCCAUCCAGGCUCUGA